AUGUUGCCGAAAUCUACCAAAAUGCCAGCGAUCAAGGAUAGCCAUAUCGUGAAGAUUGCGGUCAAGUUUGUGGACGACGCAGCGACCACGUACUACCCGCAGCUGAUCGAGUUUAAUCAGCGGCAACCGCUUAGCACCAUCAUCCAGAAUCUUUGCAGCUCGUGGGGCAUUCCGGAUGCGGAGAAUUACGCGCUGCAGUUCGAUGGCAUAAACUACGUGACGGAGAAGAACCGGAACGAAGUGAAGAACGGAACGGUGCUGAAGCUGCGGUUUUCCCCCUCAAAAACGACGAACGACAUUCUGGAGAAACUGAACGGGGACAACCACGAGGAGAAGGUACGGGUGCUGCACGGACUGCAAGUGCUGAGUGCGGACAACACGUUUGCGCUCGAGUUCAUUAAGGAGCAGGGUUUGAGUUUGAUCAUCGCACUGAUCGAGGAUGUUGCGUGCGACGAGACCAUUCUGCAGUACGCACUGUGCUCGUUCGUGUGUCUCAUGGAGCACGGUACGAUCUCGUGGGACAUUCUGCAGCCGUCGUUUAUUAUGCGCAACGUGGCAUUCAUCAACGGAUCGAGCAACUGGGAGAUCCUGCAGGCGGCUCUGGCCAUCCUGGAGAACAUCGUGCAGAACAGCAACAAAUGCGCGCUGGUCGAGAAGGAGAUAACCCUCGAAACGUUGUUGAAACUGCUGCGUGACUCGGCCCCUCACGUGCAGCAAAACACGAUCGCCCUGCUGAACGCACUGUUCAUCAAGGCGGACGAUACGAAGCGACGGAUGCUGGCGACGACACUCGGUUCGAAGCAGUACCGCAGCGUAAUCAACAGCGUCAUCACACCGUCGAUGGGUGCGGAAAUGGCACACCAGCUGUACGUGCUGCAAACGCUGACCCUGGGGUUGCUGGAGCAGCGCAUGAAAACUCCGAUGGACGCGCAGGAUCAAGACGCACAGGAAAAGAUCAAGGAACUGCGUCGGAUAGCGUUCGAGGCGGACGGGAUUGAUCCGAUUCCGGACGUAGCGGCACGCCGCCACCACUCCGGUGCGCACUCGGGCCACUACAAGAAGCUCGGUUUCAAGUGUGACGUGAACCCGGCCCAGGACUUCUUCGAAACGCCGCCCGGGACGCUGGCGCUCGAUUGUAUGAUCUACUUCGCGCGCAACUACACGCAAAGCUACACGAAGGUGGUGCACGAAAACAGUUGCCGUGCGGACGAGCACGAGUGUCCGUUCGGGCGAACGAGCAUCGAGCUGGUGAAGGUCCUGUGCGAGAUCUUCCGGAUCGGUGAGUCGCCGUCCGAGCAGGGUCAGGAGUUUUACCCGAUGUUCUUCACGCACGAUCACCCGUUCGAGGAGUUUUUCUGCAUCUGCAUCGUGGUGCUGAACCGCACGUGGAAAGAUAUGCGCGCCACGACCGAGGACUUUGUGAAGGUGUUCUCGGUGGUGCGGGAGCAGAUUGUGCGCAGCAUUGUUGGGCGUCCGGCGAGCUUGGAGGACUUUAAGGCGAAAAUACACACCUUCACGUACAACACGAUCACGACGCUGCGCCAGCAGGAGCGCACGUCGCGCGAAGAGUGCGAGUCGACGGCUUCGGCGAUCGUUAGCCUGAAGGAGAAGAUUACGCCCGAAAUACGGUCGCUGAUCAAGGAGCAACGGCUGGGGUACCUGAUCGUCGGUACGCGCUUCUGCAAGUACAGCGGCGGAAAGCGCGAGAGGGACAAGUACUGGUACGCAAGACUUUCACCGAACCACAAAGUGAUUCACUACGGCGAUUGCGAUGAAAAGACCGUUCCGACGCUGGAGGAACUGUCCAACAAGCUGCCGGUCAUCGACAUCCGCCAGAUGCUGGUCGGCAAGGAGUGUCCGCAUAUGAAAGAGAUGCGCUCGAAAAAGUCGUCGACACCGCUCGGUUUCUCCCUCGUGCCGGACGGUAGCGAGCAGACGACGCUCGACUUUAUUGCUCCCGAUGAGCCGACCUUCAACUACUGGACGGAUGGUAUCAACGCGCUGCUCGGGCAACCGAUGACCAGCAAACAGCUGGAAGAGGACUUUGAGACGCUGCUCUCGAUGGAAAUCAAGCUGCGGCUGCUCGAUACGGAGGGUGUGGACAUCUCGAAGGAACCGCCACCGAUACCGCCGGAGCCGGAAAAUUACGACUUUUGCUUCGACAGUUAAGCGGCUGCAGCCUGCGACGGUGGCACAGGAAGAGGUAACGAACAAUUUAUUGCGCAAUUUGUAAACCAAAGUCUUGUGGGCGUUAAAGCUCGAUCGAUUGAAGCAUAAGAAGAAGAGGCAUUUCAAAGAAAGAUUCUUUCGGAGUUACUUUACAAAUUUUGUUCCCACCAAAGAGGAAAGCAGAUAAAUUCAAAUGAAGAGCCAAACCGAGACGUUGCCAGCGUGAAGAUCCUUAUUAGUUUUUGGUAACAUUUCUCACAUUCAGAUGCAACGACGGGUUGGGACGUGCUAGAGCUAGAAGGUAGAAGCGAUAGCUAUUGCGCCGCGCAAUGUUGCAAACAGUAAAAGUAAAAGCCAAAUAUUCCAUAUAAACUGCUUCGCAAUAUAUAUUCACAUUUAUACUUACCCUAUAUACUUACUUACUCUAUAUUGUACUGCAUUGUGCUAUCGUUUAUUUUAUUAGAUGCAUUCUCAUGCAAUUUACCAUUGCGUUCGUGUUCAGGCGGCCACUAUCCGCACCUAGAUUG